AUGGUAGAAAGAAAUAGUUGUAAGGAUUUUCUUUGCAAAUAAAAAUCUGAAAUAUUAUUUUGGUUGGCCAUUUUCUUGAGUGGUAUGCAACUAUAGGGUAGGAGUUGUUUCUUUUAUGUUGGGUUGUAUGUCUAAUUAUGUGUUCUGAGAUGUUAGUUACUUGUGUUGCUUCCUAUCCUUUUUUACUACAUGGAAAUUAUGGUAUUUACAAAUGACAUAGAUUCUAUUGGAUAAAUUUUGUUGUUGUUAUAUAAUGUGGGGAUAUGGUUGAUAUUUUGAGACCUUUGGAAACCAGGGGAGACUUUUCUGAAUUUUCGGUAACUCGGGCUUGCCAGGUGAAAUAUGUGUUAGGUUAGUGUUAGCUUGUGUGCCGGUCAUGACCCAAGAGAGGGUUGUGAGUUGUGACACUACCGUCACUGUUUAUGAGGCAAUUAGUUUAUGGUUCACUUCAAAUGGCUUUAAGUAAUGUUUUAUGGAAUUAGGCAAUUAGUUUGUGUCCCGUCUACAUCCUUGAUUACAUUUCAACUUUCUUGUCAUGAAAUUGUAGGCAACUUGUAGUUGUGGUACACUAUUGUUUCAUUCUCUUAUAUCUGGCUAUUGGUUGGUAAUUUCACUCAUUAGCAUUCUAAAGCCGUCUUGAGAAUGUCUCUCAUGAUUAUUGAGAUGUUAAAGAGAUUAUCAUUCCUAAAUCCCUAAUAUACAAAAGCAUCAAUUGGUUAGAUUAUCAUGAUCAUCACUAUAUUUUAUAAACUCUUUUUCGGCAUAGUAUUGUUGAAGUUGUGGGAUUUUAGAGAAAAGGAGGAGAUUCUGAAGUUGUGAGCUCAUUUCUAAUAUUCCAACAGUUAUCAAAUUGAGUUUCAAAUCGUGAAUCGGAAGAUCUAUUUGUUAAUCAAAUCUCAAUGAACCGUAAGGGGUAGCAAAAAAUUGAGGGCUUAGAAAAAAGGGUUAGUGACAGAUCACCUUGUUCUUCUAAUGGGAUGGAGGUCGUUCUCUUACAAUAACCUUUUUUUGUCUCUUGUAAGAGUUGCAAAACCACAAUGGCUACCACUCUCACAAAGGUCAAAAGUAUUUUAUGAUUCAGGUCUAGUUGUACUGCGAAAUUGUUGUAAUAGUGCCUCUCUGGUGAAUUUUCAAGCAUCGAGAUCAUAUGCUCGUGGUACUAGCAAGCCCUAUGAUCUCUUUGGAAAUAGAAGACCAGGGGAUGAAGAGUUCAAGAAAACCUGGGCAAAGGAGAUGGAUGAAGAUAACACUCUAUGGACAGGAAGUGAGGAUGAAAGCGAUGAAGAUAACAAUUCAAAGAGUCGUCUUCAUAAAGAUAUUAGGAAAGUAAGACAACAAGCUAAGGAACACGCAGACCUGAUUGAUGGUGAUGACAGUGACGAGUUAAGAAGUGUUUGGUCCGGCAGCGAUGAGGAAAAAACACUUUGGACUGGUGAUGAAAUGGAUAGCGAUGACGAUGUGCCUACAGAAGCUUACCCAAAUGAAAGAAGUGAUAAGUACAUAGAUAAGUUGUUUGAGUUUGACGAAAUGCCAAAAUACAGAACCAUCUCCGAGCUUUUGAAAUCUGAACAAGAGCCCGAGGAGUUGUCCCCGGGAAAGCAAGCUAGGAAGAUUGCGGUUGAGAAUGCUUUGAAGAAACUAAAGAAAGGUCCAGAUGGGAGGUAUACCAAUACAUGGGAAGUUAUGACUGAUUUAGAUAUUCUAAUUGGAGCGUUCGAAAAUGUCGUUUCGGGACCGGAGUAUGAAGAGCUUAGACAAGGAGGAUCUAAACAGCUAAAUAUUCAGUUUUUUAAGGACAUACAAGCGCGAAUGAGAGAUCCAAAUUACAAAUUCUCACCUGAGUUGAAAUUGAAACCAAAGAGUAAACUUGUUUCUAGAAAGAAAUGGCAAAAGACAGAGUCUAGAAGAAGGAAAGCGCAGAAGAGAUAAAGUUAUGUUGUCUCAAGAUGGAAACAGAAGUUGGGCUUGUAAUCUUAACAUGCCUUUGUACUGUUUAAUGUUUAUGCAACUUAAUGGAUGAGAGUUUUUUUGGGUUACAUAAUGGAUGAGAGUAGUAUAUUUAAAUUAAAUGGUUUUUUUUGUUUUA